AUGGCUGCAGCUUCAUACGAUCAGUUGUUAAAACAAGUUGAGGCACUGAAGAUGGAGAACUCAAAUCUUCGACAAGAGCUAGAAGAUAAUUCCAAUCAUCUAACAAAACUGGAAACUGAGGCAUCUAAUAUGAAGGAAGUACUUAAACAGUUACAAGGAAGUAUUGAAGAUGAAGCAAUGGCAUCGUCUGGACAAAUUGAUUUGUUGGAACGUCUAAAAGAACUCAACUUAGACAGUAAUAAUUUUCCUGGAGUGAAACUUCGACCAAAAAUGUCUAUUCGAUCCUAUGGAAGCAGAGAAGGAUCUAUAUCAAGUCGUUCAGGAGAAUGCAGUCCUGUACCAAUGGGUUCAUUUUCAAGAAGAGGCUUUGUGAAUGGAAGCAGAGAAAGCACUGGAUAUUUAGAAGAACUUGAAAAAGAAAGAUCACUACUACUUGCAGAACUUGAAAAAGAAGAAAAAGAAAAAGAUUGGUAUUAUGCUCAACUUCAAAACCUAACUAAAAGGAUAGAUAGUCUUCCUUUAACAGAAAAUUUCUCUUUGCAAACAGAUAUGACUAGGAGGCAGUUGGAGUAUGAAGCAAGGCAGAUCAGAGCUGCAAUGGAAGAACAGCUAGGUACUUGCCAGGAUAUGGAAAAACGAGCACAGCUAAGAGUGGCUAGAAUUCAGCAAAUCGAGAAAGAUAUACUUCGCAUACGACAGUUAUUACAGUCCCAACCUGCAGAAGCAGAGAGGGCAUCUCAGAGCAAACCUGAUGCCAUCUCCCAUGAAGCAGAGAGGCAGAAUGAAGGCCUAGGAGCAACAGAAAUCAGCAUGGCACCAUCUAAUAGUGGUCAGGGUUCUAUUGCACAAGUGGAUCAUGAAACAGCCAGUGUUAUGAGUGCUAGUAGUACUUAUUCUGUUCCUCGAAGGCUGACAAGUCAUCUGGGUACCAAGGUGGAAAUGGUUUAUUCAUUGUUGUCAAUGCUUGGUACUCAUGAUAAGGAUGACAUGUCACGAACUUUGCUAGCUAUGUCUAGCUCCCAAGACAGCUGCAUAUCAAUGCGACAAUCUGGAUGUCUUCCUCUCCUUAUCCAGCUUUUACAUGGCAAUGAUAAAGACUCUGUAUUGUUGGGAAAUUCCAGAGGAAGUAAGGAAGCUCGUGCUAGAGCCAGUGCAGCACUUCACAACAUCAUUCAUUCACAACCUGAUGACAAGCGAGGCAGGCGUGAAAUCCGUGUCCUUCAUCUUUUGGAACAGAUCCGAGCUUAUUGUGAAACUUGUUGGGAAUGGCAAGAAGCCCAUGAGCAAGGCAUGGAUCAGGACAAGAAUCCUAUGCCAGCUCCUGUUGAACAUCAAAUCUGUCCAGCUGUGUGCGUUCUGAUGAAACUUUCAUUUGAUGAAGAACACAGGCAUGCAAUGAAUGAACUUGGGGGACUACAGGCCAUUGCAGAAUUAUUACAAGUAGACUGUGAAAUGUAUGGGCUUACCAAUGACCACUACAGUGUUACUUUAAGACGAUACGCUGGAAUGGCUCUGACAAACUUGACUUUUGGAGAUGUAGCAAACAAGGCUACUCUGUGCUCUAUGAAAGGAUGUAUGCGAGCUCUUGUUGCCCAAUUGAAAUCUGAAAGUGAAGACUUGCAGCAGGUCAUUGCAAGUGUUUUAAGGAAUUUGUCUUGGCGAGCUGAUGUGAAUAGUAAAAAGACUCUGCGUGAAGUUGGAAGUGUAAAAGCUCUAAUGGAAUGUGCUUUGGAAGUUAAAAAGGAAUCCACCCUCAAAAGCGUACUGAGUGCCUUAUGGAAUUUAUCAGCACAUUGCACUGAAAAUAAAGCUGAUAUCUGUGCUGUUGAUGGUGCUCUUGCAUUUUUGGUUGGCACACUAACUUACCGGAGCCAAACAAAUACUUUAGCCAUCAUUGAGAGUGGAGGUGGGAUAUUGCGGAAUGUGUCUAGCUUGAUAGCCACAAAUGAGGAACACAGGCAAAUAUUGAGAGAAAAUAGUUGCUUACAAACCUUGUUGCAGCACUUAAAGUCUCAUAGUUUGACAAUAGUAAGCAAUGCUUGUGGAACUUUGUGGAAUCUCUCAGCAAGAAACACUAAAGACCAAGAAGCAUUAUGGGACAUGGGGGCAGUUAGUAUGCUUAAGAAUCUAAUUCACUCAAAGCACAAAAUGAUUGCUAUGGGCAGUGCAGCAGCAUUGAGGAACCUUAUGGCAAACAGACCUGCAAAAUAUAAGGAUGCCAAUAUUAUGUCUCCUGGUUCAAGCUUGCCAUCUCUUCAUGUCAGAAAGCAAAAAGCACUAGAAGCAGAAUUAGAUGCUCAACAUUUAUCUGAGACUUUUGAUAAUAUUGACAAUUUAAGUCCCAAGACGUCUCAUCGCAAUAAACAGAGGCAUAAACAAAAUUUAUAUAGUGAAUAUGCUUUUGAUAUUAAUCGUCAUGAGGAGAAUAGGUCAGACAAUUUUAAUACUGGAAAUAUGACGGUACUUUCACCAUAUUUGAAUACUACAGUCUUGCCAGCAUCUUCAUCAAGAACAAAUUUGGAAAGCUCUCGAUCUGAAAAAGACCGGAGCUUGGACAGAGAACGAGGAAUUGGACUAAACACCUUUCAUCCAGCAACAGAAAAUUCUGGAAAUUCUUCAAAGAGAAUUGGAUUGCAGAUCUCUACUGCUACAGCCCAGAUUGCUAAAGUCAUGGAAGAAGUAUCAGGAAUUCAUGUACAAGAAGAUCAAGGUUCAGGAUCGUCAACAGAAUUACAUUGUAUAGCAGAAGACAGGAGCACAUUGAGAAGAGCAUCUGCUACCCUUGCACAUUCAAACACUUAUAACUUUCCCAAAUCAGAUAAUUCAAAUAGAACAUGUCCUAUGCCUUAUGCCAAAAUGGAAUACAAGAGAUCUUCAAAUGAUAGUUUAAAUAGUGUUAGUAGCAGUGAUGGCUAUGGUAAAAGAGGUCAAAUGAAACCCUCUAUUGAAUCCUAUUCUGGGGAUGAUGAAAGUAAAUUUUGUAGUUAUGGACAGUAUCCUGCUGAUUUGGCUCAUAAAAUUCAUAGUGCAAAUCAUAUGGAUGAUAAUGAUGAAGAAUUAGAUACCCCAAUAAAUUAUAGCCUUAAAUAUUCAGAUGAACAGUUAAAUUCUGGAAGACAGAGUCCUUCACAGAAUGAAAGAUGGGCAAGACCAAAACAUAUAAUAGAAGAUGAAAUCAAACAAAAUGAGCAGAGACAGUCAAGGGGUCAAAAUGCAUCCUUUUCUGCUUAUAGUGAAAGUACUGAUGAGAAACAUAUCAAGUUUCAGUCCCGUUUUGGACAGCAAGAAUGUGUGUCUCCAUAUAGAUCAAGGGGAGCCAAUGGAUCAGAACAAAAUCGAGUUAAUUCAAAUCAUGGACUUAAUCAGAAAGUUAACCAGUCUUUGUGUCAUGAAGAUGAUUAUGAUGAAGAUAAACCAACCAACUACAGUGAACGUUAUUCUGAAGAGGAACAGCAUGAGGAAGAAGAGAGACCAACAAAUUAUAGCAUAAAAUAUAAUGAAGAAGAACAUCAUGUAGAUCAACCUAUUGAUUAUAGUUUAAAAUAUACAGCAGAUAUUACUCCCUCCUCACAGAAGCCAUCUUUUUCAUUUUCAAAAAGUUCAUCUGUACAAAGUAAUAAAACAGAUCACAUCUCUUCAAGUGGUGGGAAUACAUCAACUGCUUCAGCUAGUACCAAAAGGCAGAAUCACCUUCAUCCAAGUUCAGCACAGAAUAGAAGUGGUCAGACUCAGAAGACUGCCUCUUGUAAAGCUACUUCUAUUAAUCAGGAAACAAUACAGACUUACUGUGUGGAAGAUACACCAAUAUGUUUUUCAAGAUGUAGUUCAUUAUCUUCUUUGUCAUCUGCUGAAGAUGAAAUAGGACGGGAUCAGACAACCCGUGGGACAGAGACUUCUAAUAAUCUACAGAUAGCCGAACUGAAAGAAAACAGUGGAAGUGUGUCAACUGAUGAUACAAUUAGUGAAGUUCCAUCAACAUCACAACAUAUUCGAACCAAAGCCAACAGACUCCAAACUACUAGUUUAUCUCCUUCAGAUUCAGCCAGACAUAAAGCUGUUGAGUUUUCUUCAGGUGCCAAGUCUCCAGCAAAAAGUGGCGCUCAGACACCUAAAAGUCCCCCAGAGCAUUAUGUUCAAGAGACUCCACUUAUGUUUAGCAGAUGUACUUCAGUCAGUUCACUAGAUAGUUUUGAGAGUCGUUCAAUUGCAAGUUCUGUUCAAAGUGAACCCUGCAGUGGAAUGGUAAGUGGCAUCAUAAGCCCUAGUGACCUUCCAGACAGUCCUGGACAAACUAUGCCACCAAGUAGAAGUAAAACCCCACCUCCUGUUCAAGCUGUACAAACUAAGAGAGAGGUAACAAAAAGUAAAGUAUCUAACACUGAAAAGAGAGAAAGUGGGCCUAGGCAAGCUGCUGUAAAUGCUGCAGUUCAGAGAGUCCAGGUGCUACCUGAUGCUGACACCUUGUUACAUUUUGCUACAGAAAGUACUCCUGAUGGAUUUUCUUGUUCAUCUAGUUUAAGUGCUUUGAGCCUUGAUGAACCUUUUAUACAGAAAGAUGUGGAAUUAAGAAUAAUGCCCCCUGUGCAGGAAAAUGACCAUGGAAACGAAACCGAGCCAGAGCAGCUAGAAGAUGUAAGUGAAAAUAAGGAGAAAAAGGCAGAGAAACCUAUUGAAUCUGAGAAAGAUAUACUGGAUGACUCUGAUGAUGAUGAUAUUGAAAUAUUAGAAGAAUGUAUUAUUUCUGCUAUGCCAACAAAAUCUUCACGUAAAGCCAAAAAGCCCUCACAAGCUGCUUCAAAAAUACCUCCUCCAGUGGCAAGGAAACCAAGUCAGCUGCCUGUGUACAAACUUCUUCCGUCACAGAACAGAUUGCAAGCUCAAAAACAUGUUAGUUUUACUCCUGGAGAUGAUAUGCCACGAGUAUAUUGUGUAGAAGGCACACCUAUAAACUUUUCCACAGCUACAUCUCUAAGUGAUCUCACAAUAGAAUCACCUCCAAAUGAAUUGGCCGUUAUUGAGAGUACUGGCACAGCAGGAGCACAAUUAGAGUUUGAAAAAAGAGAUACUAUUCCUACAGAAGGCAGAAGUACAGAUGACAUUCAAACAGGAAAAAUUCCAAAUAUAACUACCUCUGCAUUAGAUGACAAUAAAACAGAAGAAGGUGAAAUCCUUGCUGAGUGUAUUAAUUCAGCUAUGCCUAAAGGAAAGAGUCAUAAGCCUUUCCGUGUGAAGAAGAUAAUGGAUCAGAUUCAACAAGCAUCAACAUCUUCAUCUGGAAAUAGUAAAAGCCCACUAGACAAUGAGAAAAAGAAACCUACAUCACCAGUAAAGCCAAUGCCACAAAGUGUUGAAUAUCGAACUCGUAUAAGAAAAAAUGCAGAAUCAAAAAAUUUGAAUAUUGAAAGAUCUUACUCAGAUAACAAGGACUCAAAGAAACUGAAUUUGAAAAACAAUCCAAGAGACUUUAUUGAUAAGCUUCCAAAUAAUGAAGAGCGUGUGAGAGGAAGCUUUACUUUUGAUUCUCCACAUCACUAUACACCUAUUGAGGGAACUCCUUACUGUUUCUCACGAAAUGAUUCUUUGAGUUCUCUUGACUUCGAUGAUGAUGAUGUUGACCUUUCCAGGGAAAAGGCAGAGUUGAAAGGAAAAGAAGCUAAGGAAACAGAAACUAAAGUUAAUAACCAUAUAGAACUAACAUCAAACCAACAGCCCAGUAAUAGAACACAGAUUUGUACAAAACAACCAAUAGAUAGAAAUCAGUCUAAACCCUUGCUGCAGAAGCAGUCCACUUUUCCUCAACCAUCCAAAGAUUUGCCAGACAGAGGAGCAGCCACAGAUGAAAAGUUACAGAAUUUUGCAAUUGAAAAUACCCCAGUUUGUUUUUCUCGAAACUCAUCUCUGAGUUCUCUCAGUGACAUUGACCAGGAAAAUAACAAUAACAAAGAAAGUGAACCUACUAAACAGACUGAGCCACCUGAUUCACAGGUAGAAACAAGUAGACCUCAGACAUCAGGUUAUGCUCCUAAAUCAUUCCAUGUUGAAGAUACCCCAGUGUGUUUUUCAAGAAAUAGUUCACUUAGUUCUCUUAGCAUAGAUUCUGAAGAUGACCUUUUACAGGAAUGUAUCAGUUCUGCAAUGCCAAAAAAGAAAAGGCCAUCAAGGUUCAAAGGUGAUGAUGAAAAACCUAGUGCUAGGAACAUGGAUGGUAUAUUAGUAGAAGAUUUGACAUUAGAUUUAAGAGACAUACAGAGACCUGAUUCAGAACAUGGUUUUUCUCCUGAUUCAGAAAACUUUGAUUGGAAAGCUAUUCAAGAAGGUGCAAAUUCUAUAGUUAGUAGUUUACAUCAGGCUGCUGCUGCUGCUUGUUUAUCUAGACAAGCUUCAUCUGAUUCUGAUUCCAUUCUUUCACUAAAGUCAGGUAUUUCUCUUGGAUCACCAUUUCAUCUUACACCUGAUCAAGAGGAAAAACCCUUUACGAGUAACAAAGGCCCACGAAUUCUAAAGCCAGGUGAGAAAAGUACAUUGGAAACUAAAAAAAUAGAGUCUGAAAAUAAAGGAAUCAAAGGAGGAAAGAAAGUUUAUAAAAGUUUGAUCACUGGAAAAGUUCGUUCUAAUUCAGAAGUUUCAAGCCAGUUGAAACAACCCCUGCAAACAAACAUGCCUUCAAUUUCUCGAGGAAGGACAAUGAUUCACAUUCCAGGAAUCCGAAAUAGCUCUUCAAGUACAAGUCCAGUUUCGAAAAAGGGACCAUCCCUCAAAACCCCAGCUUCCAAAAGUCCCAGUGAGGGCCCAGCAUCUAGUACUUCUCCUAGAGGAGGUAAACCAGCAGUGAAAUCAGAAUUAAGUCCUUUGACCAGGCAGACAUCCCAACCAGGUGGUUCAAGUAAAGGACCUUCUAGAUCAGGAUCUAGAGAUUCAACUCCUUCAAGACCAUCCCAGCAACCAUUGAGUAGACCUAUGCAGUCUCCAGGAAGAAACUCAAUUUCUCCUGGUAGAAAUGGAAUAAGUCCUCCUAACAAAUUAUCUCAAUUGCCCCGAACAUCAUCCCCCAGUACUGCAUCAACUAAGUCCUCAGGUUCAGGGAAAAUGUCAUAUACAUCUCCAGGAAGACAGAUGAGCCAGCAAAACCUUAAUAAACAAACAGGUUUAUCCAAGAAUACCAGUAAUAUACCCAGAAGUGAAUCUGCCUCCAAAGGACUAAAUCAGAUAACUAGCAGCAAUGGAACAAAUAAAAAAGUUGAACUUUCUAGAAUGUCUUCGACCAAAUCUAGUGGAAGUGAAUCUGACAGAUCAGAAAGACCUGUUUUGGUACGUCAGUCAACUUUCAUCAAAGAAACUCCAAGCCCAACACUGAGAAGAAAAUUGGAAGAGUCUGCAUCAUUUGAAUCUUUGUCUUCAUCUUCUAGACCAGAGUCUCCUACUAGAUCCCAGGUACAAACUCCAGUUUUAAGUCCAUCCCUUCCUGAUAUGUCUUCAUCUACACAUUCAUCCAUUCAGACUGGUGGUUGGCGGAAACUCCCACCUAAUCUUAAUCCUGCUAUAGAAUUUAAUGAUGGAAGAUCAACAAAGCGCCAUGAUAUAGCUCGCUCCCAUUCUGAGAGCCCUUCUAGACUUCCAAUUAAUAGGUCAGGAACUUGGAAACGUGAACACAGUAAGCAUUCAUCAUCACUUCCUCGUGUAAGCACUUGGAGAAGAACUGGAAGUUCCUCUUCAAUUCUCUCUGCUUCAUCAGAAUCCAGUGAAAAGGCAAAAAGUGAAGAUGAAAAACAUGUGAGCUCAUUUCUAGGAACAAAACAGACUAAAGAAAACCAAGGGCCAGCAAAAGGAACUUGGAGAAAAAUAAAAGAAAAUGAAAUGGCUCCUACAAGUAGUGUUUCCCAGGUUACUUCCUCAGGUGCUACAAAUGGUGCAGAUUCAAAGACUUUAAUUUAUCAAAUGGCACCUGCUGUCUCCAAGACAGAAGACGUGUGGGUAAGAAUUGAGGAUUGUCCCAUUAAUAACCCUAGAUCAGGAAGAUCUCCUACUGGAAACACCCCCCCAGUGAUUGACACUGUUUCAGAGAAAGUUAAUUCUAGUAAUAAAGAUCCAAAAGAUAAUCAGGGAAAACCAAAUGGGGGUAAUGGCAGUAGUAGUGCUCCUGCUCGCACUGUAGGCUUAGAAAACCGUCUGAAUUCUUUCAUUCAGAUAGAUAGCCCAGACAAAAAGGCUACUGAGACAAAAUCAGGACAAGGAAAUAUUGUCCCCACACCAGAGACUAGUGAAACUUCUAUUACUGAGCGUACACCAUUCAGUUCUACCAACUCAAGCAAGCACAGUUCACCUAGUGGAACUGUUGCUGCUAGGGUAACACCUUUCAAUUACAAUCCAAGUCCUAGGAAAAGCAGUGCAGAUAGCAGUUCAGCCCGCCCAUCACAGAUCCCUACACCAGUAAAUAACAGCACAAAAAAGCGAGAUUCAAAAACUGAAAACACAGAAUCUAGUGGAGCUCAAAGCCCUAAACGCCAUUCUGGGUCUUACCUGGUAACUUCUGUUUAAAAGAAAUAAAAUUAAAGAAAAUUAUGUAUUAUUUACAACCGUUAUAUAGAAAUUUUGUUUCAAAUGAAACUAAAAAAGAAUUUUGUGUAAAUAGGUUGAUUCUUGCGAGAGGGUCUUUGUUCUGGAAGCCAUAUUUAAUAGUAUACUUUGUUUUCACUGGUCAUAUUUUGGAGGGACACUUGAUAGUUUAGAGGAAAAUUGGUAAAGCAAGUAUAUUUGUACAGAAUGUUUUACAUGUAUUUAAGUAGCAUCCCAUACCAUGAUCCUUUAAUUAUUGCUUGUCUUAAAAUAAUGAACAUUACAGAUAGAGGGUACAAUAUAAUUGCUGUAUAUCAAUCAUUUCUAGAUUUAAAAUGAUUAAAUUUACAUCAGGGAAAAAUUGGUAUUUAUGCAAAAAAAAACUCUGUUUAGUAUACUCAAGAGUCCAUCUAAUACAAAAAUUAAUCAUGUGACUGUGAAAUUCACAGUAAUAUGGUUCCAGAUGAACAAAUUUUCCCAGCUUGCUCUUCUGCAUGAAUGAAACUGAUGGUUCAAUUUCUGAAGUAAUGAUUAACAGUUCUGUGGUCACAUAAUGUGCAUAGAUAGGUAUGGUGUAAAAAUUUACACUAGUUUGUGCUCUUAAAAGAAAAAAAAAGAAAAUCUGUGUAACAAUAAAACCUUGAAUGAAAUUAUUUUACCUGAAUUAGAUUUUAUCUGAAAGUAGGUAGAAUUAAUUUUUGCUAUGCUGUAACUUGUUGUAUAUUCUGGUAUUUGAGGUGAGAUGGCUGCUCUUUUAUUAAUGAGACAUGGGUUGUGUCUCAAAAGAAACUAAAUGAACAAUUUAGAAUAAAUUAUUGCUGUAUGUAAAAUGUGUGUUACUGAAGUCUGUAUUUGAAGGGUCUUAUUUCACAUUUGCUUAGUCAUUUUAAAAGCUUAUAUGCAGUUUCUUCAAGCCCUAUGCAUUUAGAGUAAAAUUUCUCCUGCUGUAAUAAAGCAGCUUGUUGAAGAAAGCUGUAUAGAUUAUGCAGUGGCACUUAUUCCUAAAUUUACUUCCUUUGUUCCUUUGUAUGAUAAGAUUUGAAAGUGUCUACCAAUGUUUCUUGCUGUUUAAUAGUUUUCCAUUUUUACUGUUUUCUGAAAGAUAAUCUUUCAUUAUAAAGAAUCUCUCACUUAAAAUAAAUUCACUUAGCAGAAUUCUGAAUUUAAAGAAUUCAUUAAUUUAAUUAUAUAUUUAUUGUUAAGAAAUAAUACUUUCCAAACAACAGAAAUUGAUUGAACAGGAAAUAAUCACUGGUGAUUCAUUUCAAAAUCAUUUGUGUCUGAAGUCAUAUCGUUGGCUGGAACAUGAAAUCACUAAUUAGAAAGAAGAAACAGUCAGAAUCAUUAUCAGAUUAGAAGAAAGGAUAAAGUUCUGGGAAGUUAGAAUAACAGUUAAUAUUUAUAUGACCAUUUAUUAUAUCCAGAUACUGUGCUGACUGCUUUACAAAUGUUACCUCAUUUGAUCCUCACAACCAUCAUGGGAAGUAGUUGCUGUUAUCAUCCUGUGUUUGGAGUCACACAACUAGUAUCUGAAACCAAAUUUGAACUUAAGUCCCUGACUCCAAGCCCAACACUCUAUGCAUUACCUACCUGUCCAGUUAGAAAAAACUCCCCCGCGAUUCAAAUAUCUGUUAACCCUGGGGGGGAGGGGGGGAAAUAGAUAAAAGGAAGUUCACUUCGAUUAUGAUUAUUUUUAAAUGUUUUAUUAGUACAUUUUUACUCUGAACUACUUCUAAAUAAUCUUAUAGCACUAUAAGGGGAAAAACUGACAAUGUUAACUUUCAAAUUGUAAUACAAAUUUUUGCAAAUAGCAUCCUGCUUUUUUCUAUAGAAAAAGAGAAAUCCAUUGCCAUAAUCCUAGUGAAGUGUAACCAUUUAUAAAAACAAUUCAAAUAAGACUGAGUCUUUCCAUGUGUCACUAUAGUCAGCAAAUAGGCAUGGUGGCUAAGGGCAACCUGGUUUUGAGCCCAAUCCCAUUUGUAAAAUCUUUUGGAUGAGGUUGAUAAAAUUACGGUUCUACAUGCCUUGAAAAGUAAGCAGGAACCUAAGCCUGCAGAAAGUCUGGUGUGAGACCCAAUUGCAUUCAUAAUUGAAACUAUAUGGAUAACAAACAUACGAAUGGAACAAAUUUGCCAGUAUUUCUAAAUGAUCUAGUAGAGCCUCAUUCAUCACUCCUGACAAAACAACCACUUUUAGACUCUACACAAAGAAUAACAAAAGAGAAAUACAGCUGGUGGUUGAAACAAUUUCAAAGGUAUACAAGGAUUUUUUUUAAUCUCUCGGAGGAGAAGGUUACAAAAGAAUUGAAAAUUGAUCAGUUUUGUUUUUUUUAAUGGUCAAGGAAACAAGCAACUAACAACCAUAUAAAUUCCUCACUUUCAUAAGAUCAUUGAGAAUAAUGUAUAUCCAGAGCAUCUCUAGAGGCAGAGGAGAAAUGACUUUUGUGGCCAAUUUUUCUAUAGCAAACCAUAGCUUCACAUUCAUAUAGUUGAAUUAUAGAAAAUGCAAGAUACUGCUGUGUGAGAUUAUAAUUAAGCAUUCAUUCAGAUUAGUAGGAUGGAUUUAAAAAGUUUUCUCCCUUUCAAAGUAUAUGAUACUGUGAUUCUUCAAUCAAGCAAGUUUUUAUCUAAAUAGGAUAUACCACAUACUGUGUGCUAAGUGUUGGAGAUACAAAGAUAAACAUUUGCUUUCAAGAAUUUUUAUGAGAAAGACUCCCAUUUUUAUGAGAAAGACUUUUAUAGCAUUUUAAGGUUUGUAAAAUGUCUUAUAUAUAUAUAUCUCAUUCUAUACUACAACCAUGGAAGGUAGGAAACUGAAGGAGACCAAAAGGUUAAAUGACUUUUCUACAGCUAAGAAAUGUUCAGAUUUGAGUUUGGUCUUCCUGAUUCCAGGUUCAGUACUCUAUCCACUUCAGAAUCCUAGCUAUAGUCAUUUGUACAUUAUCUACAACAAUGAUUUAUAUAAAAGACUUGUAAAUUGUAAAUGGCAGCUUUAGAGGGAAAGUAUUGCUGGAGAAAAGGAAACAAGGAAAGAUUUCCUGAAAAGCAUAGGAUUUGAGAUAUUUUCUAGGGAGUUAGAAGACAAAGGUAAAGAAGGAUAGUCUUCCAGCCACCUGUGUCAAGGAAAUUUUAAGAGGAGAGAAUGUCCAGAAGUGGGUGAUUGACAGUAUUAAGAGCUACAGAUAGGUCAGAAAAGAUGUGACUUCUAACAGCCUUUUCACAAUUAUCAAGAGAUAAUUGGUAACUGAAUAAAUAUAGUCAGUUAGCAUUUAUUUAGUGGGUAUGUUCCAAGCUCUGUGCUGAGUAGUGAAAAUACAAAGGCCAAAAGACAGCUUUUACACUCUAGAUGGUAUUGGUCUAAUGAGAGAGAGGAUGCAAACUAUGUACAAAUAAGAUAAAAUUGGUGAUAACAGAGAAGGCUCCAGCAUUAAGAGGAAUCAGGAAAGACUUCUUAUAAUAGAAGAGAUUUUAACUGGGCCUUGAAGGAAGCCAGGAAGUGGAGAGGAGGACAGGUAUUCCAGGGAUAGGAAAUAGCCAAUGAAAAUAGAGUCUGCAGAUAAAAUCUCAUAAAAAAAAAAUUAACAGGAAGCCACUGUCUCUGAAUUGAAAAUUCGGGGGUUAGGGGAAGAUGUUAUGUGUAAGACUGGAAAAGUAGGAAGAGAUCAACUCAAAAAGGGCUUUGAAAGCCAAACACUUGUAUAUUUUAAUCCUAGAGGUGAUAGGAAACCAUUGGAGUUUACUCCUGGGGCGAGGGAGAUAUGGCCAGAUUUGUGCUUUAGAAAGAUUAAUUUGCCAAUAGUGGAGGGUGGAAAAAGGGAGAGAAGAGGCAGGAAGAACAAUCAGUGUUGAAGUAGUUCAAGCAUGAAGUAAGAAGACCCUUAAGGUGGUUUUAGUAUCAGAUGUGAGGAAAGGGGUAUAUAGAAGAUAGCAUAAAAAUAAAAUAAACAGACUUUGGCAACAAAUUAUAUAUGGGAAAUAAAAGAAUCAAAGAUAACAUCCAUAUUUAAAGCCUAGAUUAUUGGGAGAAUUGGUCUUAACAGGGAAAUUCAGAAGUGAUGGAUGUUUUGGGUAGAAAGAUAAAUUUAGUUUUGGACAUGUUGAAUUUAAGAUAACUACUGGUUAUUUAGUUUAAGAUAUCUAAUAAUUGAAGUCUGGAGAUUAAUAGAGAUUAGACUGAAUAAGUAGAAUAAGACAUAAUUUCAUCAACACAAUUGAAACAAUGGGAUUUGAUGAAAUCACCAAGGGAAAUGGAGGCAGAAGUGUGUCCAGAACUCUGGUGGAUACUCACCUUUGGCAAAUAUGAUCUGAAUAAAGAUCCAGUGAAAGGAGACUGAGGAGCAGACUGAUUGAUAGAGAACUACAGUAGUGUUAGGAAAAAAAAAAACAAACAAAAAACGUAGAGAAAA